ACCUUUAUUCUUUCCAUUCAAACAGAGCCAAAUGCCAGUCUCUUCACUCUUCAACUCUGUCUUUCCUUUUCUUUCUCCCUAACAUUACUCCAAUUCAACCUAAAACCCUAAUUACUCAUCACUGCACGCAUAUAUAAACACCUCUAUUUGUUCAAUUGUAUUUGACGGAGACUCAAAAAAUGAAUUUUCAGAGUGUCAGGGCAGAGAAGGAUACCGCUAUGAGAAGGUACGACAUACAGAGGAACCUCAAAACCUUUGUACGCAUCUCAACUCUGUUUUCUCUUCUGGUUCUCUGCUUCUCGUGGUCUUGUCCAUGGAUUCCGGCUGCCCUGGAUAUCGCCGGCGAGUUUUUCCGGACAAUCAAAUCGGUUCUCUAUCAGCGUCAAUACGGUUUUCUGCUUGUGAAUACUCUGGCCCUCGCUAUAUACUUCUCAAAUCACAAGAAUGUUGACGUCGCGCAGCCUGAUCUCUAUGACGAGUACGUCUCCGAAUCCGCGGCCGCUAAUCUCCAUUUACCGGAGUCGGAGACGAAAAUCGCGGUCGUUAAUCCCAAUUCCAGCUCUCCUGUUGGAACAAGACGCAGCAAGCUUGUUGUUGUGACAGAGUGCUCUGCUUCGGUGAAAUGUCGUGAAAUUGAGGUUACCGAGACAGGGCGGAGUUACAGGAGGAGUCAAUCGGAGAGCUUUGAGAGGCGGACGGUAGCGGUGCGGAGAGAGCUGAGGAGAUCAGAGACGGAGAUGGCUGUGGGGAGGCAGUCAAUGGAGGAGAUGAGUAGUGAGGAGUUCAGGAUUAUAGUGGAGAGUUUCAUUGCUAAGAAAAAGAGGGACUUGAAGGAAGAAGAUAUUCAUAAUCUGGUACGCUCACGCUCAUACUCACACCCUGGUGUAGCUGAGCCAUGACAUUGAUAAUGAUCAGUGACCGUACAUAUUAGAUCAAUAAACUGUUAUUGCUGAUUAGGCUGCCACAAUAACGUCGAGUCAAAGUUCUGUUCCGGUGCAAUCCGUUAUUUCCACCGUUUGAUCAAACAUAA